CUUUAUUUGUGAUUGGACAGCGGAUCUCUAAUGAGCCUAACCUUGUAUUACUAGGGGUUUUCCGUUAGUAGAUAUUAAAGUUAUUUGAAUAACUUAAACAUAAAGCUGUAAAUCUUCUCAUAUGCUUUUAAGAACUAGCCGCUAUGUUCGGCUCUUCCGGUUAAGAAGCUUUCCUGGCGAAGUGCGCGCGUCAGCGUGUUCCUCUCCGACAUUUUCCUCCGGUCUUCAUCUAGUCUUCUCCCAGAAACUCGCGAUGUCUAGUCGAAAUCCAACCGCUGGUGUUUGUCGCGGAGAUGAGGAUGUGAGCAGAGUAGACACGGCAGGGUCGGGGGACAAAAACUGCAGUUACGUCCCUCCUCACGUCACCGCGGACACGGAUCUUCGGAAAGAGAAGAAACGACUCGGAGGGGCUCUUGUUAAUGAGAGAAACUUAUUAAGGACGCCGAGUCCUCUGCUUGGGGCCAACUGGGAUGACGACUCGGAGGCAGAGUCUUUUCGGGAUGGGAGAAGCGAGGAGGUCGAUCGGGACACCAGGAGCAGGGCCUUUUCCUGGUGCAGGGACUUUUUGUCUGGAUCGUGGAAAACUCUCCAGGAAGCCGACUUUCAAAUUAGCAUCGUCAGCGGUGGACUGAGUAAUCUACUGUACCUGUGUACGUUGCCUGAUCACGUGAAAUGUUUGGGGGAAGAACCUCACCAGGUGCUGCUGAGAAUUUAUGGCGCCAUCCUACAGGUUAGUCUGUUUGGUCUGAGACUCGGGGUGUUUUGGUUGAACACAUACUUGCUACUGUCCUUUUUCCUGGCACGAGUGAAACAAAUCACCCUCUGUUCAGCUGUUUUCUUUGUGAUUCAGGGGGUGGAUUCUCUGGUGCUGGAAAGUGUGAUGUUUGCCAUCCUGGCAGAACGACGACUGGGUCCAAAACUUUACGGCAUCUUUCCUGAGGGACGCUUGGAGCAGUACCUUCCGAACACCCGUAUGCGAACAGACCAACUCUCAGAUCCUGCAAUCUCAGCCGAGAUUGCCACCAAGCUUGCUCACUUCCAUGAAAUGGUUAUGCCGUUUAACAAAGAGCCCAAAUGGCUUUUUGGGACCAUCAACAAAUACAUGGAUCAGGUGUUGGAGAUAAAUUUUGUACGUGACACACAUGUAAAGAAGUACAAUAAGCUGAUGAAGUUAGACCUGCCUGCUGAGCUGCAGAGUCUGUGUGCAUUACUGGCAGCUACUCCGUCCCCAGUGGUGUUUUGCCACAAUGACGUCCAAGAAGGAAACAUCCUUGUACUGGAAGAGAAGGACCAUAACUCAACAGAUCAUCUCAUGCUAAUUGACUUUGAAUACAGCAGUUACAAUUAUAGGGGUUUUGACUUUGGGAACCAUUUCUGUGAGUGGAUGUAUGAUUACACAUACAACGAGUGGCCCUUUUACAAAGCCUCACCAGAAAACUAUCCAACCAGAGAGCAGCAGUUGCUUUUCAUAAGAAGUUAUUUGGCAGAACAAAGAAGACACGCCGCCGAAGGUGAUACGGACCAGACUCAAAUCGAAGAGAACAUGAUAAUUGAAGCUAACAGAUAUGCAUUAGCAUCACACUUUCUCUGGGGUCUGUGGUCCAUCAUUCAGGCAAAGAUAUCCAAGAUUGAGUUUGGAUACAUGGAUUAUGCCCAGUGCCGCUUUGAUGCCUACUUCAAACAAAAGAAGCUCUUCUCCUGAAUUCCACAAUGUUCAUCAGGAUGGUCUCUCCCUCCCAAGCUUUCCUCCUCCUUCCUCCUUGCAUAAAUAUGCUGUAUUUCAUAGGAACUAUGCAGCUAGGCUUCAGUACAAAUAUUAGGGAUGCACAGAUAUGAAAACUUGAAACAAUACCUGAUAAUAAAGACCAAGUUCACUAGUUUUUCCAAGGCAUUCACACUGGUCUAGUAUAGAUAAAUGCCUUGUGAGUAGACCUCUGUCUCGCACUCCCUUUUCCGUGAGACAGAAGUUUGCCAUAGAACAGGUGAGUAGUAUGCGGCCGGAUUUGGAAUCUUAUUUCCUAAUAUUCGGACAUCUUACCUCUGAUUGGCUAACAGCAACACAACUCUACCACUGACCAUUUGCUUUGCAAUGUUGAUGUUUUAUCUCCACAAAUCCGACAAGCCUGAAGGAGUUUGGCUAUUGUUGUUGAGUUGCUAAUGCUAACGAUUAGUUUCUACUAGCUCAGAUGUUCUCUUGGAUGCUAAAUCAACAACAGCUUUCCCCUCGUAAGCUAAGAUGGGGGAGUCCAUGAACGUUAAGUGACAGCGUGUCAUAUAUCUGUCUGGCUUUUCUAAUCCCAGCGUUUCCCUGUCUAUUGGGAGCCUAAGUCACGCCAAUCUACUUCCAGACCAUGGGUCCCUGGAAGAAUGAAAAAAGGAAUGCAAGUCAAUGGGGCCAAAAACGCUAUUUUCUAAUUCUGCUUAUGUGCAUUUCACAUAUGAUGUCUGUGAAUUUUAAAGACACAUUUUGAUACCAAUCCCAAUCCUCACCUAUGGUCAUGAGCUUUGGGUAAUGACCGAAAGAACGAGAUCGCGGAUACAAGCGGCCGAAAUGAGUUUCCUCCGUAGGGUGGCCGGGCUCAGCCUUAGAGAUAGGGUGAGGAGCUCGGACAUUCGGGAGGGACUCGGAGUAGAACCGCUGCUCCUCCGGAUCGAAAGGAGCCAGUUGAGGUGGUUUGGGCAUCUGGUCAGGAUGCCUCCUGGACGCCUCCCCGGGGAGGUGUUUCGGGCAUGUCCUGCCGGCAGAAGGCCCCCGGGUCGACCCAGGACACGUUGGAGAGGUUACAUCUCCAAUCUGGUCCGGGAACGCCUUGGGGUCCUGCCGGAGGAGCUGGUGGACAAGGCCGGGGAGAGGACGGCCUGGAGCUCCCUAGUUGGGAUGCUGCCCCCGCGACCCGGACCCGGAUAAGCGGAGGAAGACGAGACGAGACAUUUUGAUACCAAGAACGUGCUUAUUUUCGAAUGAGGGGAAACGAUAUUUUAGGUUAUGUGUGAAAAUAAGUCCAGGACUACAAAUGUGUUUCACGAAACAGACGUCAUCAAACCAGACACGGAGAAAAACAGAGGGAAAAUGGCUGUAAGUUCAGCAAACUUUAAAUCCUUCCUUCAGGGGGUAAAAAAACCCACCAAAAAUCUGGCCAUAUGGUAAGUAGCAGCUACGCUAGGGAAGAGGAGAAUAUGUGGUGACGUAUACAUAUACGACGUACCAAUGUCUGAUUUGUAGUCUUGCUAAAUACGAAUUUUUGCAAGCUGAUAAAUCUCAAAGUACAUGACUGGCAUGGUCUAAACACCAUCAUUAGUUUUCAUUUAAAUUGAAGUAAAACAUGCGCGAUCCAGGGUGUAAGGCAAAGCGGAUUAGAAAAUAGCUCUUUUAGCCCCGUUGACUUGCAUUCAUUUUUUUGUUCUUCCGAGGACCCAUGAGCCGACCGUAAAGGGAGGAGACUUAUGCUCCCUAUUUUCUAUAUAGAAGACUUUUUUUACGUUUAGUCUGCGUGUUAAACUCAGAGUGACUGAUUGUUUUUUUAAAAAUAACAAGUAGUCAUAAACAGUUUCUCAAUGAACUUGGGCUUUAAUACUUCUGAUAUGGCCGAUAACUGAUAUUUACUGAUUUCAAUGGAAAUUUUGCCACACUUUCAACCAUUGUGUAAAAGUGACCACACCACCUGAAUUGCUUCUCUUCUUCAGGUAAAUACCCCCACAAUCCUGUGCUGCAUCACUGCAUCUGUCACAGGCCAGGACCAAUACUAGAAGGCCAACACCCUUCCCUUCCUGUCUUGAAAUAAAUAUUGGUAGCUAAUAUCGGCCUAGAUUGACUUGUUGGACCGAUAUCGAUAACAAGUUACUGAUAGCAUCAUCUUGCAUCCCUACAAAAUAAGUUUUUAAGGAGUGUAUUUGUGUCAUAACAGCACAAGUACACUUUAUUCUUUGUCAGUAAUCAGAAAUUUCACUUUUUUCCAUCAUUUUUCAAGUGCUUCCCUUCUUUGGACCAUGUUGUAAAUCAGCAGCUGUGUUGAGUGCAUGAUGGACGUCAGGGAGGACCUGUGCUUGAUGUAUUUUUAUUUUAUUAUAAUGGUUUUAUCAUUUCAGUACAUUAAGCCAGUACUGCAGCACUCAGUGUGGGAGGCUUUUUUGCAACUCGUUGGUGUUUUGAGUCUUUCUACCUCAAUUUUCUCUUUAAUUAUCAGCUCUACAUUAGGACUUCUACUGAUUAUAGCAGCUAAUUGUAACCACUGUGGUCACAGAACUGACCAUAGUAUUUCAUAACCACUCCAUAUAAUAGCUGCGUUUCUCCUGCUGAAGCUACUCUGAUCAUAGUAAUGUAUAAAAAUUCUCAGAUUGAAUUCAUGACAAUUUGAGCGCUAUUUGAUACAGUUUCAUUGUCGUCAGCAGUACUUAUUAACAUUUAUUUUACAUUUUAUUUACAAUGUUAUUUUCAUGAUAUCAUUCUGAUUGCUGAAGGAUUUUUGUCCUCCCUUAGCAGUAGCAUGGAGAUAUCAUAACGCCCUCUUGCCUUCAGUUAUAUUUAUGUUACCUAAAAAAAUCCAUUUCUCCAAGAUCUGACUAACUGAAACAUGUUUUGAAGAAUUUUCACUGUAGAACGUGACUUGGGGUUUUUAGCAUUUAAACAGUACUUUGUUUAAACCUAGAGAAGCUAAUAGCAUAUUCUCGAAAAACAUAAAAAGCUAGGUUUUUUCUGAAUUCAAACGAUUGUAAAAGAUAAACAAAAUAAUACCUCUGCAGUGUUUUUAGGAGAUGCUGUUCUGUGUCUGUAGGCAUCAUUAAUUAGCUACGAUGUACUAAAAAAAGUCAUAUUUAUUGAGUUUAAUUCAUUUAAACUUUGAUUUGGGGUUGAGAAAUUGGAAAAUGGUCUUUUCUCUAAACUGUGUUGAUAGGAUCAUUAUUAGUUUGCUCAUCUGAAGAGGUUUGAAUGAAGGCAACUGGGCUUCUUUGGUUUCUUGAAGACGUUUCGCUUCUCAUCUGAGGAGCUUUGUCAAUUUUGACUGGAAUAUGGGAGGGUCAAGCUUAGAAGUUGUAGUUGUCGGUUGUUGCUUAACGAUCAGAAACUACCUAUGAAUACCCCUCCCCCUACCACGCAAGGAGUCAUUUAUGUUCUUGGGUCCUACAGGGAGCCUAACUUGUGGUAAUCUACUUCUGGACCAUGGGUCCCCGGAAGAAUGAAAGAAUUAAUGCAAGUCAAUGGGGCUAAAAAUGCUAAUUACAAACAGUUACAAGCUGAUAAAUCUCAAAGUGUGUGACAGGCAUGGUCAAAACACCCAUAAUUAGUUUUCAUUUAAAUUGCAGUACAACAUAUGUGUGAUCCAGGGCGUAAGGCAUAGCAGAUUAGAAAAUAACUCUUUUAGUCCCGUUGACUUGCAUUAAUUUUUUCGUUCUUCUGGGGACCCAUGAGCCGACCGGAAAGGGAGGAGACUUGAGCUCCCUGUUGUGUUGUUUGGUGGUUGUUUGAUUAGAUGCAGGAGGGUGUGACCUUGACUGUUUUUGGGAUUAGGUUCAGAGAUGCAUUAUAAGCAGGGGUGCACAUAAUAUUUUUGGGUUGGUUCUCAGGGGAGAACCUAUGGUUGUUGCUUGGUCCUCACAUUUUUUAAUGCACUUAAUUCUUAACCCAACUCACAAUAGGAACAAAAUAGAGUAGCGCGUUGACGAUGCAACAUACCGGUAUUUUAAUUUUGACUGAAAAUAAUAAGUACAACAUUGCCAAUAUUGCCAGCUUAACUUAAACCUUCUAAUUUUCUAAUAACAUGACUGAAUUGUCUGAAUGUGGAACACAAUGUGUAAACAGCUGCUUUUGUGAUAACAAAAAUCAAAUAAAUUUUAAAGCACUUAACUAAAUUAUUAUUUCAGAGCACUGAAGUUUUUUAAAUGGCAUAAAUGCCGUUUUUAUUUCCACAGACUCUCAUCAUCCUCAUCUUCAUCCUCCCUGACUGGCUUCCUCCAGUUCACACACAGCAAAGGACAACUUUCUAAUGUUCUCUGCUGUUAUUUUCACGUUAUGAUCUCCACCACAUCUCUGUGCGUUCAUCGCUUGUUUGAAGCCAGCCGACCUCCUGCAGCCACUUCUCCGCGAAUACUCUUUUCUUUUGCGGUUCUGACUCAGUCUGACAUUUGUUUUUUGGAGGCGGAGGAACCCUAAAAUAAUUACUUAAUGGAGCUUGCUUCUUGGACAUCUUUAAAAUGCUCCAGAAAUGUCUUCCUUCCUCCACAAAAUCUUAGGUGCGCAAAUGCGUGCUGCAGCUUUUUUUCAGGUGCACAUUGUUUAUUUUGACAGCGCAUGCGCACCUGCGGACCACUUAUGUGCACACCUGAUUACAAGUGCUGGAGAGGUGAAACCUGAGUCCUCCUCUGUUUCAUAUAGAUUUUUCCAGUUUGACAUAGAUGGCUUCCUUUACUCCUCUCUCAAACUAUUUGUCUUCUCUGUCCAGGUUGUGUACUUUAUCUUUAAAGUGUGCCCCUUGUCCUUCAGGUGUAAGUGGACUCUUGACCUGAAGAGGUGGCUCUCCUUUGUUGUGUAGUUGUUUAGUUUCCCCUAUGCAAUGGUCUGGACAGUCCUCACUACAUUUGACUGCAUGAACAAUGCCACGGAGCUUCUGUUUGGAUGUCUUUUGGGUGGACCAGUUUCUGUCUGAAGGUGUUGUGUUUAAAGUUUACCAGGAUGUCAUGUUUGGAGAAGAUUCUUUAAAGUUUCUCCGAGACUCCUGCCACAUAUGGGAUGGCGGUGCGUUUGCGCUUGUUGUCCUUGUUGUGGAUUAUUUUCCAGAGUUCUUUGUUGAUUUCACAAAAGUCCAGCUAGGGUAUCUGCAAGUUCUGAGGGCUUCCUAUUUGUGUUCAUUCAAUCCCCCCCCCCCCCCCCCUGGAUUACCGUCUCCUGGACGAAUAGAUGACCAUCACCAGCAUUAGUUGGACUGUGCACAGAGACCUGAAGAAACUGCUUUUGUAGGUGUAAAGUGGCCUCAUUCCCCCUGGAUCAGUUGGCAGUUUUUUUUAUUUGAAAAACAGCUUUUUAUGUUUUUGUGAAAAUUAUGUCAUUAAUUUGAUUUUUUUUUUAAGAGAAUAGAAAUACACUUUCACCUGUUUUAUUGUAUUUAUUUAGACUCCAUUUAGGUGAAUAGAUUGAAUACAUUAGUGAUGUUAAUGAAGCUAAUUAUACCCCAUCAUCAGUUUAACUGGGGAAAAAAACUAGUAAAACUAAUUCUGUAACAUUUUUCUUGUAUCUUUUAUUUUUGCACUACUGAAAAAGUACUGUUGAUUUUAUUAAACUCCACUGCUAAGAAUCCA